AUGGCCACCAAAUGUGCUGCAUCUUCGAGGCUGGUCCUGCCUGCCAUUCUACGCAAUGUUUUCCGCUCCCAGUUCCCCAGUAAUUUGAGCGCUUCUUCAAUAAUCCCCUAUCACCGAUCGCUUGCCUCUGGUCCUCUUUUCUGUUCGAAUAUCCAACUCCAACGAUCCUUCAGUUCAAUCCCGCGCCUGCGUGAUCCCCAGAAUGACCAAUUGGAGCACGCAGCCCCUGAAACCUCGGCCGUCGCCGAUGAUAACGUUUCGUCCCAACACGAAACACCGCAGAAGAAAGAUUUCGACUCAUUCGACAAGAAAGGCGGAUGGAAAACCCAUAGGGCUCACCCCAAGGGCCAGCGAAGGGGCCCGGAAAAUAGGGAGGGAAGAACCGACAGAGAGCGCAGAGCUUUCCGUAACGAGACUCGCAGGGAGGCCGACAAGGAACCUCGCAAGCGUUGGCAAGACAGAGCCGAAAAAGCGAAACAGUUAUCGGAGACCGGGAGAAAUAAGAAGCCCGAGAGCUGGCAAGUGCAAAAAGCGGCUUUGAAAGAGAAGUUCGCCGAUGGUUGGAAUCCACCCAAGAAGCUUUCACCUGAUGCUCUCGAUGGGAUUCGUCAUCUUCAUGCAAAGGCCCCCGAACAAUUCACGACUGCUGUCCUCGCAGACGAGUUUGAGGUGUCACCAGAAGCCAUUCGCCGAAUUUUGAAGAGCAAAUGGCGCCCAUCAGAGGACGAAAUGGAGAGUCGGCGCAAGCGAUGGGAGAACCGACAUGACAGAAUCUGGAGUCGCAUGGCUGAGCUUGGUCUUCGCCCUUCGACAAAUCGCACGCGGCCCCUUUCAGACUUCCAUGUGCUGUAUGAUGACAACAAUCGCAAGCGAAGAUAG